GAAGGAUGUGGGGGAAAGAGAGAGGUUGCUUCUUUAGGAAGAACAAUGUUGACGCUACCCAACCUUCUUAAUCUCCUACCUGCUUUUGAAAACGUGUGAGGAUUAAAGUCGCGUGGCGGUGUUCACACUGGGAUUUCUACUUCACAAAAAGAUGCUCAGUUCUCCCUCUCCUGCCCAAGCCACAGAAGAGAGGACUACUGCAGAGCACUUGUAUCCUCCUGUUUCAGUUCUACCUGCCUAAGAGUCAGCCCUUCACAGCCACCGGAGGCAAUGUCAGCCUUGCUGCUCUAGAGCCCCAUGGAGCGCAGUCCGCCGCUGGAUUCCACGCUUUUGUAGAUAUACAUUCGAAGAAAUUCCUUCUUAGAAGCCAAAUCGAGAGAAAAGAAACUGGCUGCUCAUCAGCUCUAUGGUUUUCUGACUUGUCCAAGACUGUGAUUUUUGGCGUCUGACUAAGAGAUGACCCAGGAACAGUGCACUCAUAGGAACAAUGUCCAGAGCUCAGCGAAACCACACGUGUACAAAGUGGGGAUUUACGGCUGGCGGAAACGUUGCCUUUACUUCUUUGUACUCCUGUUAAUGAUCCUGAUCCUGGUCAACCUCGCUUUAACCAUCUGGAUAGUUAAGGUCAUGAACUUCACCAUAGAUGGUAUGGGCAACUUAAGAAUAACGGAGAAGGGUCUGAAACUGGAGGGGGACUCUGAGUUUCUCCAACCUCUGUAUGCCAAAGAAAUUCAGUCCAGACCAGGCAGCCCACUGUUCCUGCAGUCCUCCAAAAAUGUGUCCGUCAAUAUCCUAAAUGGAAAGAAUCAGCUGGUCACACAACUUAUUGCAGGAUCCAGUGGAGUGCGUGCACGAGGGAAGAUGUUGGAGGUGAAAUCCAGCACAGGGAAGCUACUGUUCUCUGCUGAUGACCAGGAGGUGGUGGUGGGAGCAGAGAGGCUACGGGUGACGGGUGCCGAGGGAGCCGUGUUCACCAACUCUGUGGAGACGCCACACGUCAGGGCCGAGCCCUUCAAAGAGCUACGCCUGGAGUCUCCCACGCGGUCUCUGUACAUGGAGGCCCCUAAAGGAAUCCAGAUCCUAGCAGAGGCAGGGGACAUCCAGGCCACGUGUAGAAGUGACUUACGCCUGGAGUCCAAAGACGGAGAGAUCACUCUGGACGCGCGGAGGAUCAGGCUGCUGCGUCUGCCUGAGGGCAAGGCCUCUCCCUCGGGAACCACUACCAGACAGACUGUCUAUGAGGUGUGUGUCUGUCCCAACGGGAAACUCUUCCUCUCACAGGCCGGGACAGGCUCCACCUGCCAGAUCAGCAACAAUGUCUGCCUCUAGAACACACACAUGCACACGCACACACACUGAAACACACACACACACACACAUACAGUAUAUACAUACAUACAUACAUACAUAUCAAAACACAAACGCACUGAAACAAACAUCCACAUUUAUACUGAAACACACACAUGCACUGAAACACAUACAGUAUACACAAAUGCACACACUGCAACACAUAGAAAAACACACAUCUACACAUACACAGAAACACACGCAAUCAUGCAUAUACACUGACACUUAGGGGGUCUGUUCCUCCUAACAGCCUUUGACAGGAACUGAGAGGGAUCCUCCUGAGAUUUACAAAGAGACACUCGGAGUGACAAUGUUCUGUUCGAUGUCCUGAAGACAAUUUCAGUACUAGAAUCACUAGGGUGAUCACCCACAUUAGAAACUCUGCAAUAUCCUGCCAUUUCCCCAUCUCUGCUUCAAGCCACCUACCACACAUGUAGUGAUAGAAGGCUCAUUGCUAUUUUGUUCUAUGAUUAAAAAAAAUCAGAUAUUGUAACUUUUGAAUUAUGAAGAGUGUGCCAAUAGUGUUUUCUUUUGUGAAUGAUUUUGACUGUCAACGUGUCAGGCUUGGUUUCACUUUCAUAUCAUGUCAAUUCAUGUCAAUGUUGACUUUUUAGAAUCAUAAAGAAAUGAAAAGCAGCAAAGAUUUUAAACCCACACCACUAAGAGAACAUUAGUAGUAGUAGUAAACAUUGCAUGGUGAUGGUCUUCACAGGUGGUCACCCUACCAAUUCCUCGUACUGGGACUGACCUACUCUGUUCAAAGAGGGGAAACUGUGCCUGUGCCUUAUAUCAAUGCACUUGUGGCAAGGAGAAGCACAUCACACAGACUUUCUUUUGUUAACAUUAUAUUCUUCCUUUCGGUUCAAUCCUUUUUGUGUGUAGAGGAUGGGAAUGCAAAUAUAUCUCUGACUCACCCAACUGCAUGCAUCCACACCCUCUCUCUCUUCUUCUCCUGUCAUCUCUUUUCAGCGGUUUAAUGCCUUUGACAAGAAGAUCAGGGCUGACAUAUUGGUAAACACAUGGUUUUUGUUUUUGAAAUAUAACUUUUUAUACCGUUUAUCUGUAAAUACACAUAAUCACAUCUGAGUGUGUCAAGGGCACAACCUCAUGAAAUGAAAAAUCUGCUAUUUUUCUCAAUAAAAGCUUUUAUAAUAUCAUGUGUUUUUCAAAUAAAAUUUAAAAAAGAUUGAAUAAGUAAACAUCUUGAUAUUCUACAGGUAAGCAUGUUUAGUAAACCAUGUUUGCCUGUUGGGAGAAAUUCUAUUGCUUUUUCUUUAUUUUGGCCAUCUUCUUUGUGUGAACUUCUCACACACUGAGAUCAACAAUAAACCGAACGCGUGCCCAUUUUGUUUUGCAGUUGGGGGUGAGGUCUUUGCAUUCCUUGCGUGUGUGGUGUGGAAUUUGUUCUACUAAGAGUUUUUUGUUGUUGUCUUUUAUCGACUGUGUAUUUGGCUUUACUUAUUUAAUGAUGCUCAGAGUUACAGACACACAAACCAAAAAGUGGAGGGGCCCCUACUAUGACUUAACACAUAGAAAUCUUGUAUGGUACUCGUUGAGUACUUGUCUUGUCCUUAGCUCCCAUACACUGCAAUCCUCUUGAAGCGAUCUGAAGUGAACAGUGUCUGUGUUCAUGUUCAUUAGAGAGCAAAUGGAUGUCCUAAAGUCCACUAUGCCUGGCAUCAACAUCCUCAAUUUUUACUCCAUUUGAAUGGGGCUGUUUGCCUCAUCUUCGACCACUUGUUAUUAGCUCAUCAUCCAUGCUGAAGAAAGCAAUACAGUCUUCAGGAGGGUUUUUACCACAGGGUUUUUACAACUCUGUCAAUGUUGUGGAGCAUUGUGCUACUGUAUAUUUAACAGAUGUUACGUUUUAUAUCGGCUCUGUAAAAUUAUAUAAAUAUACUUUUUUUCUCCACAUAAAAGCAUUUUAUUUAUUUAGAUUUCCGAUGUGCACACUGUAAAAUGCCACUGAGUAUUGUUCAGAGUAUAUAAUAAACUAAAUAGCAAGAUGACUGAACCAUU